AUGGCCGCCUCCAUCGAAGCCCACCUCAAGGAUGUCACCAUCCUGGGUAACAUCAACAAUGAUGCCCGCAAAAUUCUGACCAAGGAGGCCUGUGCCUUCCUGGCUCUCCUGCACCGCACUUUCAACCCCACCCGCAAGGCCCUGCUUCAGCGCCGGAUCGACCGCCAGGCCGAGAUCGACAAGGGCCACCUGCUCGACUUCCUUCCCGAGACCAAGCAUAUCCGUGAGAAUGAUGCCUGGAAGGGUGCGCCCCCGGCCCCCGGUCUGGUCGACCGACGUGUCGAGAUCACCGGUCCGACCGACCGCAAGAUGGUCGUCAACGCCCUGAACUCUGAUGUCUGGACCUACAUGGCCGAUUUCGAGGACUCCUCUGCCCCGACCUGGGACAACAUGGUCAAUGGCCAGGUCAACCUGUACGACGCCAUUCGCCGCCAGGUCGAUUUCAAGCAGGGUGGCAAGGAGUACAAGCUUCGCACUGACCGCACUUUGCCUACCUUGAUCGCCCGUGCCCGUGGCUGGCACCUGGAUGAGAAGCACUUCACUGUUGACGGCGAGCCCAUCUCCGGCAGUCUGUUCGACUUUGGCCUGUACUUCUUCCACAAUGCAAAGGAGCUUGUCGCUCGUGGUGCUGGUCCUUACUUCUACCUUCCCAAGAUGGAGUCACACCUGGAGGCUCGUCUGUGGAACGACGUCUUCAACCUUGCCCAGGACUACAUCGGUAUGCCCCGCGGCACUAUCCGUGGUACUGUGCUCAUCGAAACUAUCACUGCCGCUUUUGAGAUGGAUGAGAUCAUCUACGAGCUGCGUGAUCACAGCUCCGGCCUAAACUGUGGCCGCUGGGACUACAUCUUCUCCUUCAUCAAGAAGUUCCGCCAGCACCCCAACUUCGUCUUGCCCGACCGCUCCGAUGUCACCAUGACUGUGCCAUUUAUGGACGCCUACGUCAAGCUGCUCAUCAAGACUUGCCACCGACGUGGUGUGCACGCUAUGGGCGGUAUGGCUGCUCAAAUCCCCGUCAAGAACGACCCUGUCGCCAACGACAAGGCCAUGGAGAGCGUCCGUGCCGACAAGCUGCGGGAGGUGCGCGCUGGCCACGACGGCACCUGGGUCGCCCACCCGGCCCUGGCCUCGAUCGCCUCUGAGGUGUUCAACAAGUACAUGCCGACUCCUAACCAGCUGUUCAAGCGCCGCGAGGAGGUUAACAUCACUGCGAACGACUUGUUGAACACCAAUGUGCCUGGCAAGAUCACCGAGGACGGAAUCCGCAAGAACCUGAACAUCGGCUUGAGCUACAUGGAGGGCUGGCUACGCGGCGUUGGCUGCGUGCCGAUCAACUUCCUGAUGGAGGACGCCGCCACUGCCGAGGUCUCCCGCUCGCAAUUGUGGCAGUGGGUCCGUCACAACGUCGCGACAGCCGAGGGCAAGCGCGUCGACAAGGCCUACGCCCUGCGCUUGCUCCAGGAGCAGGCCGAUAGCCUGGCCUCCAAGGGCCCUAAGGGCAACAAGUACCAGCUGGCGGCCCGCUACUUCGCUGGCCAGGUGACCGGAGAGGACUACGCAGACUUCUUGACCAGCCUGCUCUACAACGAGAUCUCCUCGGCUGGUGGCGCCGCCAAGCUGUAA